AUGAUGAGUAGCACUGGAAACGUUUCCUCGCUGCUUCACAGCUACAACGCCAACAUACAGCGCAACGAUGAGUCUCCGGACUUAGAUCUGCUAGAAUCUGAAUUACUGGAUAUUGCUCUGCUCAAUCCCGGGUCCUCUUUGCAAGACCCUGGUUUGUUGAGUCUCAACCAAGAGAAAAUGACGGCAGCAAUAACUACCACACCAGUCAAGGAAGAGGAGGAGGAGCUGAGGGAUGACGUUGCUUCUUUGCAAGGAUUACUUGAUCGGCAUGUCCAAUUUGGCAGAAAGCUACCUCUGAGGACGCCAUACGCUAAUCCGCUGGAUUUUAUCAACAUUAACCCACAUUCCCUGCCAUUUUCCCUAGAAGUGACUGGAUUGCCCAUGGUCUCUAGAGUAGAAACUCAGAUGAAGCUGAGCUUUCGGAUUAGAAACGCACAUGCAAGAAAAAAUUUCUUCAUUCAUUUACCCUCUGAUUGUAUAGCGAAAGACAAGUUUUUCACGAGCUCAGAUGAUCCCACCAACUUGACAAUACCUAAUAGGGACAUCAACGAAAGAACCCUUUUCUUGGACUCCUUUCUUCUGUGUGCGUCUAACAGCAAUAGCAACAACUUCAAACAGACCUAUGUUUGUAAUAGAUGUAUCAACAGAGAAAAAAGAAGAGCCUCAAGAAGAAAGUCCGGAUUAAACGACAAUUCUAUCUGGCAAAAUAACGAAAACAAAAGAGCAAUCAUAUUCAAUAGUAAACAACUUUUCAUCAUUAGUAACAACGGUUUGAGCGGUAACUCCAACUCCAUCAAUUUCGAUUUACCGACAAGAAUUGUUUGUUACUGCAGACAUCACAAAGCAACUAAUGGAUUUGUAGUCCUGUUUCUUUUAAAGGACCAUAACGGCGACAUCUUGGCGAAAACUAUAACAGAUCCCAUUAUGAUCAUGGACAAGAAAAAUGCCAGCAAUACUACCACUCCGACGAGCACCAACAAUGCCCAGGUGUCACCAAUGACAAAUGACACUAGGUCCUUUUCAUCCCCGCAAAGUGACCUAAACCUUCCAUCCGAACUCUCUCUGCCUUCAAACAAUAAGAAUUUUAUCAUUUCCACGAACUGUAUGCUUGAUAACAAUUAUUGUAAGAAUAACAAUGACAAUGACAACAAAAACAACAUCAAUGCUAAUACCGCAAUGAUCAACAACAACAAACACUUUCCAUCACCAAAUUCCUCUAGUGAGGACAGCAACCAUUCUUUUUCAGAUAUUCAUUUUUCAGGCAACAACGGCAACAAUCUCCAUCGCUCGCUAGACUCCUGGUCCUCCACAGGUUUUAAUAACUCGUCUAACCCCGCUCUCACUACAUUAACUAGCGAUUUCAGUACGACUUCUGCAAGACACACUGGCAAGAGACAGCGUUCGAUAAACGAGUCUUUCAUGUCUACGCCUAAUACGUUUUCCCGUCUUCCUCAGAAAUUCAUCGAUUCUUCUAAAGAUACGUCCAACCACAGCAGUGUUUCCAUGGCGCUCAAUAACAAACCUUCUAUUCAGCGUGUCAUCCCCGCACAAGGCUCCAUUAACGGAGGUAUAGAGGUGACUUUGCUUGGCUCAAAGUUUAAACAGGGCUUAAUUAUCAAGUUUGGUGAAAAUAUAGCAUUGUCCAGCCAAUGCUGGAACGAAUCUACGAUGGUAACUUAUUUGCCGCCAUCAUCUAAACCUGGACCAGUCUUGGUAACUAUCGUCGACCCGAGUGAGACAUCUAUGAGAAACAACAGCAAUAGUAGUAAUUCCACUAGUAAUAGUACUAAUGACAUUCUGCACUUGAACAAGUAUACUGGUGAUAAAGCAAUCUUUACUUAUGUCGAUGAUACUGAUAGGCAACUGAUUGAAUUGGCUCUGCAAAUCGUGGGACUCAAAAUGAACGGUAAGCUGGAGGAUGCGAGAAAUAUUGCUAAAAGGAUUGUUGGCAGUGAUUCAUCGCCGUCUAACAACAGUGCAGGAUUACACUCACAAAAUAUCUCAUCAAAUUCAUACACGAAUAUGAUGCGAAACAUAAACGAUGAACAAUUAAUCAUUGAAGUCAUUAAAUCAUUCAAGAGAAAUAACAAUCUCUCCACCGUUAAUCUUUCCAUGUGUGAUGUUAGGGGUAGAACUCUAUUACACUUGGCGGCAUUUAAUAACUGGUAUAGUCUCGUUUCAUUACUAAUCAAAUAUGGUUCGCACUUAAAUGAUCAAGAUGUGUUUGGUUUUACCCCGCUACAUAUGGCGUGUAUUAAUGGGGACCUGAGAAUUAUAAGACUACUAUUAGAAUGCAACGUUAAUAUAAUGAAGAAAACCAAGAACGGCUUCAUUGCUAAACAGUUCUUCUUGAUGAAUUACACCAUCAACAAAACCAGGUACUCUAACUAUGAAUCCACUCUGUUUGACGACAUUUUAACUAAAUUGACCAAGAAUGCAACAGGGUGCGCUGAUAAUCAACCAUUUGAGAGAAACUUAUCCCAGUCAAGUUUUAACUCAAGUUUAUUUGAUAAUGACGACGAUGAUGAUGAUGUUGCUGGUAAUGACUAUGGCCAAGAAAGAAAAUAUUUACCGGCAGACUCGGCUGCCCUCAUCUCCGAACAAUCCAAUCGCAAUGACAAUACGUCAUUUGCAAUCAUGGAUUCAGAUUCAGGCUAUGACAUAAGUGAUUGCGAAUCAUCAGAUGAGAUUGCCUUGGAGUUCUUUAAUACCCACAACAUUAAGGACGUCUCUUGCAAGCCAAACCAACAACCGAAAACUACUAAGGCCAACAUAGUGCCUGAUGGAUCUUUAUGGAACAGAAUGCUAACUCGUCUAAAUGACGAACUUCCAAAGUAUGAAGAUCUGUUCCCAAAAAAACCUAGAAACUGGGAACUUGGUAGCAAAUCUGUGGACAUUACGCCAGAUGAGUCUGCCCAAAUGACAGUGGAUGAUUCUCAUACUUCUUCAGAGGACGAUGAGUUGGAAGCCUUACAGAUUGGAUUCAACACAAUCUUCCCCAAGAAGCAAAACUUUCAGAAUGAUAAGAUGCUGUUAUUCUUCUGGAUUCCAUUAACUUUACUAUUAUUAUCAUGUUUCACGUUGUCAAAGUUAGGGAAAGAUGAUGAUAUGUUUCAUAAUUUAUCCAAAAUUGUCCAGGAGUAUUUAAGGAUUGGAUUAGCCAAGGUUCUAUUAGGCAACGAAAGAAUGAAAACCUCUUUCAAAAUGCAAUUAUCGAACUUUCAAAACAAUAACAUUCUAAAUGACAUGCGAGUCAAGUAA